AAUCCCUCCUGUCCUGUAGGCUUGCCCAUCCGGUGAAUUUUCCCUUCGCCGGCGGAAGAGCUCUUGGCUCCGGGUAUUUGCCACCCCUUUGACAUCAUUGGCGCACCGCUCCAGGGGGAGACAAGUCAAGUGCGUGCGGGCGGAGAUUUGCGACCAACGAGAACUUGCGGAAUCAGCGCUCCUCUUCCUUGGGACCUUCGCCGACUUCAAGCGCUUCCUUCGCACGUCCCGCCAUGAGCGUGCCUGGGAUAUGUCGACCUCGUCUGCAGAAUUAUCGGGCUCGUCCACAGGGACAGACGGAAGGGAUCCCGGUCUUGGAUCGUCCUUUGAGACGCUGAGACGAAGAGCUCAACGCGUUCAUCGCCGCUUUGAACAAAGACCUUCGCGCGAUAUCCUCCUUUUCCUCGUCGCCUUCAGGAUCCUGAAUGCCUUGUGUGUCAGGACCUUUUUCCAGCCGGACGAAUUCUUCCAGUCAUUAGAGCCAGCAUGGCAGAUAGCAUUUGGUAAGGAGAGUGGCGCAUGGAUUACCUGGGAAUGGAAGCACCACCUCCGAUCCUCGAUACACCCGUAUAUUUUCGCGGCCGUGUAUUGGGUUGCCGACCAGAUAAGUCGUCAGCUACGCCUGUCACCUCUUAGUCGCGCCGAUCUCUUAGUCGCUGCCCCGAAAUCUGCACAGGGUGUUAUUGCUGCUCUGGGAGACUACUAUACUUGGAAACUGGCUGGAACGAUAUACGGGGCGGACAGUUAUAAUACCCGAUGGGCUCUUUGUUUGAGUGUCCUGAGCCCAUGGCAAUGGUUUUGCUCGACGCGGACGUUGUCAAACUGUCUCGAGACCACGCUGACAGCUGCUGCAUUGUCUCACUGGCCCUGGCAGUGGAAUGUAGCAGAAUUUUCCAGCCGUCAGGCACUGGGCCAAGCCAGAAGAAUCACCCACGACCGGACUAAAUUGCGGUACUGCCUACUACUGGCCGCCUUUGCGUGUAUCCUGCGGCCAACGAACCUCAUAAUCUGGUUCUGCCUGGCAAUAUUCACUAUCUGCAACAUUAGUUCCCGCGAAGGGCUUCUGUGUGAGAAGCACGUGGCUCUUGUCUGGGAAGCCUUUUGUUGCGGGUUCUCUGUCCUUUCGCUAUCCCUGCUGGCAGAUCGGAUAUACUAUGGGUCUUGGACGCUACCGCCGUUCAAGUUCCUUUAUUUCAAUAUAGCUCAAUCCUUAGCAGUAUUCUAUGGAAGAAAUGAUUGGCAUUAUUACUUGUCGCAAGGAUAUCCACUCCUGCUAACAACAGCGUUGCCAUUCACAUUGGCUGGGCUAUCGAGUGCUCUUGCUGCUCCUUUCAAGCAAUCGGGGGGUCUAGGGGCAUCCAUCCGACGACAGCUCGGCAUUGUUUGUAUCGCAAUGCCCGCGAUUCUCUCCCUGAUUUCACAUAAAGAAGUUCGUUUCAUCUACCCGAUUCUUCCUUCUCUCCACAUUCUUACAGCAGCCCCCUUGUCCAAAUUCUUUGAACCAGCAAUCUCCUACACUGCUGGGUCAUAUCAACCCCGCAGGUUACUGCUUAGCUUCCUCAUUCUUGUGAACUUGAUGGUCGCGUUUUACACCACAGUGUCGCAUGCUUCUGGGCCUUCAAAGGUAUUCGAGUACAUAAGGCACCAGAGCGAACGGGUUUCUGUUGAAGCCAAUAUCCAGGGAUCCCGACCACAGCCUCCUAUUUCCUCCCAUUUUUCUGCCCCAGUCAGGCCCGCGCAAGGCCUAACUGUAGGUUUUUUGAUGCCAUGCCAUAGCACUCCGUGGAGAUCUCACUUUGUUUUCCCGUCGAUUGAAGCCUGGGCUUUGUCCUGCGAACCCCCUGUUAACUUCAACGAAUCACAACGUGCAGCAUAUAUUGAUGAAGCCGAUCAGUUCUAUGCCGAUCCGUCAUCAUUCUUACGUACAAACAUGGUCGGUGGCCUAAGACACUUCCCCCACACUCCAACCUAUCAAGCAAAGCAACCAAGCAAAUCUCCCGGCGAAGCCGAUGCCACUAGGGACCACAAACACAAUUGGCCUGACUACCUCGUGUUCUUUGCCCAACUAGAGCCAACGAUCAAGUCCUUGCUCAGGGCAUCGUCAUACGCUGAAUGCUAUCGCACUUGGAACACAGCCUGGCACGAUGACUGGCGAAGGAAAGGGGACAUGAUCAUCUGGUGUCUGGAUCCCGCUGUCCAGCGCGAAUGGCGCGAAAAGAACAGACGGGUUCACCUUCACGACGACGGCUGGGAGGCUCUCAUGAAGAGUAAAGCAAAGCAGUUCGACAAGAUCAUCGAGCAGCUGGGAAAAGAAAGCACGGGAGUUUGGAGAGGAGGGAAGAAAGGAAGACGUGGCGGCGGUGGAUGGAUUCCGACGUUUUCGCUGCCUAUGAGCUGGAGUCGGAAGUCAAGGAACUCCUUCACCAUGACUUUACCCUGGGAGGGGAGCGUGCGUUCGCGUCGAUGGUCGUGGCCUUGGGAGAAGAGCCGAAAACCGUCCUGGUCUCAAGUCAUGAAGGCGUGGUACGAUAAGAUUGUCAGUGACAAGUCGGAGCCAGAGUCAUCGGAUCUGUGGUCUUGAUGACCAAGGGAACAUUUUGAUAACACUUCUCCUUUCAUUUUCUUUUCUUUUCCUUUCUUUUCUUUUUUUUUUCCGCUUCUCAUUUCAAAUGUAUGUACAUACAUAUAUACCAACAUUUUGAUGC